AUAAACAAGAAAAAGAAGAAGAAGAGAAAGGAACGCAACGCACCAUAGGAAGGCACCACAUAUAAGACGUAAUAAUUAGUUGGAAAUUUAGGUUUUAACUAAAUAACUGAGUAAAUAAAUAAAAGUAAAUAACUGACAUAUGUCAGACUGUCAAAUGUAGACGAGGAGCUGAGCAAAAUACUUUUCUGAUUCACUGUAAACACGUGAAUGUCACUCUGUAAACACGUGAACUGUGCUGCCCCUCACGAGCAACAAACCGCUGGAUUUGCAGAGCUGUCAAAGCAGCCUCUGUUCUCAGAAGAAACGUCUGCAGGGCAAGUGCUGUCACAGCUUGCAAGACAUACAGCCUUAACUCAGGAUGCACCCUGAUCUGUCGCCCCAUCUACAUACUGAUGAGUGCAAUCAACUUAUAACACUUCUCAAACAGUGCCACAAGGAGCAUAACGUCCUCAAGUUCUUUGGCACAUGUAAUGAUGUGGACCGUGCAAUGCGGGACUGUCUCAAGAAAGAGUAUCAGGCAAAGAGGGAGCGCAGCAAGGCCCACGCAGAAGAAAUGAGACAGCGUUUAAAGGAACAACCAAAAGAGCAUCCCUAGUAGCAAACAUCGCCCCCUUGAAGAGCAAAACUACUCCAGACAUGAACUAGUUUCUGGUGUUAAGGUGCUUGGACACUUUAAAUCUGGAAUGCUUUUCUGUGAGGAUUGAUUUGUUAUGACCCUUGCAGUAAAUAAGGUAGUAGAGCAAGUUGAAGAUGAAACUUAAGUUUUAUUUAAUAAUGUUUAAUUUCAGGCUGUGAGCUGUAUCCCAGAUGUGACCUUAUCUGGAGAGUGGGUCUGAAAUUAAACAAUGUUAAAAUUUUGAUUGUUUGAACUCCAAUUAAAAAAAGUAAAAAAUGAACAUUGUCAUUAGCACAUUUAUUGGCAGCUUGUCUACAUUAAGAUGUAUUCAUUUAUCAAUUACUAAAACACUAAAGAGCCUACAUGUCCAAUCAGAUGAAUUUAAGAUAUUGUCAAUUAGAGAAAACCAAUAUGCCAAAGAGGAUUCCAAUCAAAGUGCAUAAACAUCUCAAAAAGGGAUGUAAACUUAACUAUUGCAAAUGCAAAUAUGCUUGCCAAUGUGAUUUUUCAUUUUUCUAAAUUAGUGCAUAGUUGGUAAUGAGUUUUAAAGGAAUAGUUCACCCAAAAAUGAAAAUUUGCUCGUCCUUAGGCCUUCGAAGAUGUCAUCAAGUAAUUGAGUCACUGGCUCACAAAUGAAUCCUCUGCAGUGAAUGGGUCAAAAGGAGAGUGCAAACAGCUGAUAAAAACAAUAAUUCAAUAGUAAUCCACACAACUCCAGUCCAUCAGUUAAUGUCUUACAUAAAAAGCUGUAUGUUUGUAAGAAAGAAAUCCAUUAAUGCAUUUUAGCUUUAAAAUGUGUUAAUAAUACAUAUAAUAAUAUGACCUCAUGUGGAAAAAGUCAAUCCCAUCCUUUCACAUUAAAAUCCCAGUUUAGAACAGUUUUGGACUGUUUUCACUUAUAAACAGUGCUUUAUCUGUGCAUAUCCAUCUUGAUUCAUAUGAAACAACUUUUUCAAUGGAGAAAGCAAUAUUGGAUAUUUUUUGAUGGAUUUGUUUAUUGCAAACAUGCAGAUUUUCACUUCACAAGAUGUUAACCAAUGGACUGGUGUCAUGUUCGUUGCUUGUGGAUUAUUGUGAGUUUAUUUUUCUGCUGUUUAUCAGCUCUUUCUGACAGCACACAUUUAUUGUAGAGGAUACAUUCAAUAAAUGUUGAUUUUUGGAAAAUGUUGCAACAAAAUGCAUUUUUUGUUUUUGUGUUUUGGACAUUUAAGGUAAUAAAAAUAUAUAUAAAAAAUACCUUAAAGUAACUACAAAUGAGCAUGUAAAGAAAAUAUAUAUCUAAAAGAAAUUCCGUGUGGAUCAUGCCCCCAAUCCAUGCAAUGUGCUCACCUUUUUCCCCCACUUACCUGUUU